UUUACACUUCGCACUUCACAGGCCCCCUCUGUCGCCAACCCCACUCUCUCGCUCUCUCUCUGCCUUUUACCCUAAAAAGGGGUGUUCGUUUCCUUCAUAAGGCCCUCCCCUGCGGCACUCUUUUCAGCAGAGUAUUGAGAGAGAGAGAGAGAGACGAUUGCGUGGCUCUAUAGUGUUUUUGUUCUUAUUUUCACAGAUUGUCAUUUCUUCCUUUUAAAAUUUCAUAUAAGAAACUCAGCACCCCACUCACCUACACGCAGACCCCAUUAAUAAUCUGAACAAAAAGAUUCGUUCUUGUGGAUUUGGAGGAAGAGGGUGGGUGAGUUUUGAUUCGAGGUCUUGCAAUGGCACCCAGUUUUGACUGUGUUUCAAGCCUCCUUUGCGCAGAGGACGACAGCGUUUUCGACGAGAGCCAUAAUGGGGUGGGGGUGUACGAGGACACGUGGCGUCCCAGGAGGCACCACUUUGAUGAAACAGAUGAGUUGCCAUUGCUGAGUGAUGAUUGUUUUGCGCUGAUGGUGGAAAAGGAGUGCCAACAUUGGCCUGGUGUCGGUUACUUGAAUAAACUUCACACCGGAGAUUUCGACUUUGGGUCCAGAAUGGAGGCCAUUGAUUGGAUUCAAAAGGUCCGAUCGUAUUUCGGUUUUGGUCCUCUAUGUGGAUAUCUAUCUGUAAAUUACUUGGACCGAUUCCUUUCUUCAUAUGAAUUACCAAAGGGAAGAGCUUGGACAAUGCAAUUGUUGGCUGUGGCUUGUUUAUCUCUGGCAGCCAAACUAGAUGAGACAGAAGUUCCACUCUCCCUUGAUUUACAGGUGGGUGAAUCGAAGUUUAUAUUUGAGGCUAAAACCAUACAGAGAAUGGAGCUUCUUGUACUAAGCACAUUAAAGUGGAGAAUGCAAGCAAUUACUCCUUUCACCUUCCUUGAUUACUUUCUUUGCAAGAUCAACGGUGAUCAAAGUCCAUCAAGGUCUUCAAUUUUGCGAUCCAUCCAACUUAUAUCAAGCACUGCAAGAGAUAUUGACUUCUUGGAGUUCAAACCAUCAGAGGUUGCAGCAGCAGUGGCUAUCUAUGUCAUGGGGGAAACCCAAACAGUUGACACUGAAAAAGCAAUUUCUGUUCUGAUUCAACACGUAGAAAAGGAGAGAGUAUUGAAGUGUGUUAAAAUGAUCCAUGAGUUGGCAUCCAACAGUAUCUCUGCCAAGGAUUCAAGUGCUUCUGUCACUUGCUUACCUCAAAGUCCAAUAGGUGUGUUAGAUGCUUUGUGCUUCAGCUACAAAAGCUAUGACACAAAUGCUGGUUCAUGUGCAAAUUCUUCACAUAAUAGUCCCGAUGCUAAAAGGAGGAAGUUAAACAAAACCUGUGGAGCAGAGCUAUUGUAGUCAUGUGGAUUGGAAUUUUACCAUCAUCCAUAGGAUGCUUUUCCAGAAAAUGGACAUUAUUAUUAUGUGUUUUAUGGAAGUUGCCCCCCUCAAAGCAAUACCAAAAGGAGGCAGGGAGACAUAGCUAGAAAUAAUUUAUUUAUUUUCUCAAAAAAAAAAAGACCCUAGUGUAAAAAAAAUAGCAAAACUAUAUAAGGUGAGGUGGGUCAUGAGUGGAAGAUGGGUGAUCAAGUGAACAGUCCAAUAUAUUGCAAGCUAUUGGCAUGAAGUAAUCACCAGCUGUUAAAAAUGUUUUAGAUCCCUUAACAGCAACUAGGGAACAAAGGAACUGAAGGAGAAGGUGAUAAGGAUUAGAGUAUUGUAUGUGUAAGUAUAGUUGGGGGAGAUUUUCAUUUGUUCAAUUGUUUUUUACUUUUAAAAUUGGAGAGAAAAAUAGGCCCAAAAAAAGGACAGAGGUACUAGCAUAAGUUAUAUUUGCGGGAAAUAUUUUAUUUAUGUCAUUAUCUUUAUUCCGUUAGUUAUUUAAUCAGUUUUCUGAUUUUUUUUAUAAAAA